AUGACGAAACGAGCAAGACUUCUCGUUUUGUUAAUGAUGGCCUUGUUUGCCGUCUAUAUUGUUUAUAAUAUUUAUAUAUACUCGUAUUUAGUGAGCAUUGAAGAUGGGGAAGAUGUGGUUGUAAACCCGAAAGGAAAUACACCAACGGAUUCGGGAUCUAAGACUCAACAACCUUCUGACAAAACCAAAGUAUUGAAAAAGGGAGAUACGGGAAAAGAUCAGAUAUCUUCCAUAAGUGAAUAUCAUCCCAUGUACGAACAAUUUGUAAAGAAUGCAAUAUUACCUGAAUAUCAUCCAAGCUCUUUCAUGAUUGCCAUUGUCGCAACAAAGAGACCAUAUUAUUUGGAGGCAACACUUCGUUCACUCCAACAAGUUCUUUAUUAUAACAAAAAGAACACUUUUAUUUAUCAAUAUGGUGAUGAUAAAUAUAUUAAUCAAAUUGGACGAAAGUAUGACAUCAAAAUGAUUCACAAUCCAACACUAACGUCCUAUGAAGGAAGACCUCUGGCUGAAGGUGCUGAACAUAUUUCUCUGCAUUACAAAUUUAUUAUUGGUCACAUGUUUAAUACACACCCAGAGAUUAAGCACUUUAUAAUUGUGGAGGAUGACAUGCUUUUUGCUCCUGACUUUUUACUCUUUUUUGCACAAACAGCCAAAUAUUUACAUGAAGAUAGUACUUUGUAUGCCAUUAGCGCCUAUAACGACAAUGGUAUGAAAGGAAAGGUUAGAUAUGAUAAUAUGGUCUAUAGAACUGAUUUCAUGAUUGGACUUGGAUGGCUCGUAUCGCGAACAAUAUGGGAAAAAGAAUGGAAGGCAAAAUGGCCUCGUGCUCACUGGGAUCACUUUUUAAGAGCUGAUAAUAAUAGAUUGGGCAGACAAAUAGUCUUCCCUGAAAUACCUAGAAUUUACCACUCAGGUUAUACAGGAACUCACUCUACAGUUGCUCUUUAUGAAAGAUAUUUCCGUAACCAUUUGUUGAAUCCUAAUGGUUUUGCUCCUCUUGGAAUUUCUGAAGAAGCUUACAAGAAUGGAAAAUAUGUUCUAACCGGAUUGGAUCGAACAAAAGACAAGUACACUCUAGAGUAUUUGAGAAAACCUAAUUAUGAUAGAUUCAUCAGGUACUUACUCGUUGAGGAUCCAAAUAUUGUGUAUGUGAGUGAUCCAGACACUAUCGUUAAUUAUAAGGACAAAAAUAUUGUCAUUGCUUACUCGACGAAUAAUCCUCAUGUCAAUAGCGAGUGGGUGACAAUAUCACAAUAUUUUGAGUUGUGGCAUUCUGUUCAGGCCAUCAGAGAUGAAUAUAAUGGAGUUAUCAUUUUCAGAUGGGCUGGUAAUUUAGUGUUAAUUGUUGGAAGCUAUUCACCCUUCUACUCAGAAACUUGUGCAAAGGCUGGAGGACAUUGUCCUGUGAACAUCCAGAACUUUGCAAAGGACUCCAAUUGGUCACCUCCAAAGAAAGAAAAGCAUCAUCACAUUUGCAAUCGCUGA